GGUGAGGAGAGAUUAAGUACCUGAUGAUUGGUUGGUUCCGACRUUUCUGGGAUAGGGUAGCGCGUUUGGAGUUUUGGAUUGUUUGCGGUCGACUGUUUAUAGUGAGUAGGUGUCGAGCAUUGUUUAACAUGGCGACCCCGUUGAAGUGUUACCAAUGUGGUGGGGAAGGACAUUUUGCUCGAGAAUGUCCAAGUAAACCCAAUGGCGUGGGUGGGUAUGGGAAUGGCGGAGGGGGAAGUCAGUCUGUUUCCACUCCGUCCAYGCCUAGAYACUGGACUCCRAGAAGGAAUCAGGUAGACGACGAAGAGAAAGACUUCCUACGUGAGCUCAUUAGUGAGAAGAAGGAGGAGAAGGCGAGAAAGAAGGAAUUGGCGGAGCAGAGGCGUUUUGAUGAAAGGCUGCGUAUUGAGGUGGCUAAGUACGCUGAGGCCACUAAAGCGGAGGUGAUGGCUGAGGUGGGACGUCAAUACCUUGGCCAUCGGGAGGAUCUUCGAAAGGAAGAGCACMUCAGAGGAUGGUCCCCUCCUCCUAGGAGGAAGGGGCUUCGGCCUUAUCGUGAGGAAAUUGAAAUGGACGGUGAUGACCUCGACGAAGAGAUCCGGAGGUUGACAUCUCUCAGGGAUAAAAGGAGAAAAG